UAUUAUUUUACCAUACAGUUAUUGCGCAUAAAUUUUGAGCAAGUGAAUAAUUUUUCGUUGGUGCAAAUCACACACCACCCACAUAAUAAUAAUAAUAAUAAAUUUUCAUCUCGCUCUCCUCCUUCCAUCAAAUAUAUGCUCAUAAUAUUUUCUCGUCCCCUUGAAACAACAAACCAAUGUGUAAAUGAGCAUGUGCUUUGAAAAAAAGCGUUAUCACUACUAUAAAUAUAAAUUUUCAAUUUUUAGUCUUUUCUCAGCUCAGUAUAGUUUGUUGAAUUGUGUUGUUAAGUGGGCGCGAUAAUUUGUGAGUUUGUGAUUCAGUUCUUAAUGCUUUAAAGUUAUACAAUUAUGGAUCCCCAAGAUGACGAUGCAGCACCGAAAGACCCCAGAGCCGAGAAACAAAAACAAUCAUUUGACGAAACAGAUUUUGAAGGUCACAGAGCUCACAGUGUCUUUGUUGGAGUCCACGUACCAACUGAAAGACGACAUUCCCAUAAACACAAAAAACACCACCAUAGAACUUCAGAUGGAGACAAAUCAGGAUCCGAAGAAGAAAGACCCAGUACUCCCCCAUCUCAAAGGGUGCAAUUCAUAUUAGGAGAAGACAUGGGGGAUGCGAAGCAUGAAAGUCACCCUCUAUUUUCGGAAAUGGAGGAAUUGUUCGUUGAUGGGGACGACAUGGAAUGGAAAGAAACAGCUAGAUGGGUCAAAUUUGAAGAAGCUGUAGAAGAAGGUGGCAAUCGUUGGUCCAAACCUCACGUAGCCACCCUCUCUCUACAUUCUCUCUUCGAACUAAGAAGUCUACUCCUCAACGGUACAGUUAUUUUGGAUAUGGAAGCUACCUCUAUAGAACAAAUAGCUGACCUUGUUACCGAUAACAUGGUCAAUAGCAAUAAGUUAGAGAGCUCAAAAAAAGACAUAGUUAAAGAUGCGCUGCUUAAACGACAUAUCCAUCAACAUCAGCGACAGAAACAUGGACUACCUUUUAUUAGGUCUUUGCAAGAGAUAGGAAAAAAUCAUUCUAGCUCAAAAAGCGAAUAUACUCAACACGUCCAAGGAUUUACCACGUGGGUAACAUUGCGCCAGAACUCAAAAGUCGACGAGCACAGCAGUUUUUCCGACCAGUCAUCGGGAAAAUCACCUGCAGAUUUUGGGAAAUUUUUAAAUGUUCCUGGACAGGGUCACGAUAAACCUCAAAGGCUUCUCAAAAGCGCCAGCAACGUAUCCAUAACAAGGAACCACAGCGGUUCCGACUUAGUAAACGACGUACCUCAGCACAACUUAGCUUUCAUGAAGAAAAUACCACCAGGAGCUGAAGCUAGCAAUAUUCUAGUAGGCGAAGUGGAUUUUUUGGACAAAUCUUUAUCAGCAUUUAUUCGGUUGAGCCAGGCCCACGACUUGGGAGAUUUAACAGAAGUGCCUGUACCUACGAGAUUCUUGUUUGUGUUGCUUGGCCCUAGUUCAUCGACAUUAGGAUAUCAUGAAAUAGGUAGAGCAAUGGCAACUCUAAUGUCAGACGAAGUAUUUCAUGAGGUAGCUUAUAGAGCAAGAAAUCGAAGUCACCUUUUGGCCGGGGUUGAUGAGUUUUUGGACGCUGUAACAGUAUUACCUCCUGGGGAAUGGGAUCCUGCCAUAAGAAUAGAACCGCCAGCGGCUAUACCUUCGCAGGAUAUACGUAAAAGGCCAGCGGAAAAAGUAACUGAAGAAAUUGACGAAGAAGAAGAAGAACAAAAAUUAAGAGAAGAAUCUGGCUUAGCAAGAACCGGUGUCCUAUUCGGAGGAUUCAUCAAUGAUGUUAAACGAAAAGUCCCAUGGUAUUGGUCCGACUUUAAAGACGCUUUAGCCUCUCAAUGUAUCGCCAGCUGGAUAUUUUUGUAUUUUGCCUGUUUGUCUCCCAUCAUAACUUUUGGUGGUUUAUUAGCCGAAGCAACGGGAAACCAUAUGGCAGCUAUGGAAUCUUUAGUAUCUGGAUUUGUUUGCGGUAUGUUUUAUGGAUUAUUUUCUGGACAACCUUUGACAAUUUUAGGCUCAACUGGUCCUGUAUUAGUAUUUGAAACCAUCGUCUACGAUUUUUGUCAGAAAAUGGGCUGGGAUUAUAUGAGCUUCAGAUUUUGGAUUGGUACAUGGGUGGCUAUAAUUUUAAUGAUACUAGUCGCUAUAGAUGCUAGUGCUCUGGUUUGUUACAUAACAAGGUUUACGGAAGAGAAUUUUGCCACACUUAUAGCUUUUAUAUUUAUUUAUAAGGCAGUGGAAAAUGUUCUACUCAUAGGCAAAAAUUUUCCUAUAAACACUUCAGGCACCCUGAACUUUUCUUAUGAUUGCUCUUGUUUGGUUAACGACUCGGUACAGGCCCAACAUCCGGAAAUUGCUAAUUGGACGUCAUUUAAUAAAACAAUUUGUGCUAACCUAAACGGCACUUUGGUUGGAUCUGGUUGUAACACUCCACCAUACGCUCCCGAUGUGUUCCUUAUGUCAAUUCUACUAUUCCUAGGAACUUUUCUAAUAUCAGUUCAGUUAAAAGACUUCAAAAAUUCUUUAUUUUUUCCGGCAAAAGUUCGUCAAUUCUUCAGUGAUUUUGCCGUUAUUAUUGCCAUCGUAGCUAUGACACUCCUGGACUUUUGGAGUAAUAUUCCCACACCAAAACUGCAAGUACCUCACGAGUUCAAACCGACCUUACCAUCGCGCGGUUGGGUCAUAGCACCAUUCAAUCAUAACCCAUUUUAUUCGAUUUUUUUGGCAAUACCUCCAGCACUUUUGGGAACGAUCUUAAUUUUUAUGGAUCAGCAAAUCACGAGCGUCAUAAUCAACAGGAAAGAAUACAAACUGAAAAAAGGUUGUGGAUAUCAUUUGGAUCUGUUUAUUUUGGCCAUACUUAUACAAAUUUGUUCGGUGAUGGGUUUACCGUGGUUCGUGGCAGCAACAGUUUUGUCAAUUAAUCAUGUAAAUUCAUUGAAAUUGGAAUCAGAAUGUGCCGCGCCUGGUGAGAAACCACAAUUUUUGGGUGUAAGAGAACAAAGGGUAACUCACAUCCUCAUCUUUCUAACAAUCGGACUAUCAGUUUUUUUGACGCCAAUGCUGGGACAUAUUCCAAUGCCAGUACUAUUCGGAGUUUUCCUCUACAUGGGCGUGGCAUCUCUUAAGGGUCUACAAUUUUUUGAUAGGAUAUUGAUUAUGUUUAUGCCUAACAAGUAUCAACCGGACUAUAUGUUCUUAAGACAGGUUCCAAUCAAAAAAGUCCAUAUCUUCACUCUAAUCCAACUUACUUGUCUAACUUGCCUUUGGUCAAUAAAAUCCUUCAGCAGCACCUCCAUAUUAUUUCCUCUCAUGUUGGUUGUGAUGAUUGGUAUUCGUAAAUCUUUGGAUUUGAUAUUCACACGACGAGAACUGAAAAUUUUGGACGAUUUAAUGCCGGAAAUGACAAGAAGAAGUCAGCUGCUCAAAGACCAAGAGGUAGAGAAUCCACCGCAAAUUCCACAAUUAGGAAAACAAGACAAAAAUUUAAAAAUCCCUCUGGCAAAUGGCAAAGUAAUGAACAUACCAUUGUCGGCAAUAAAUAUUUCUGAAGAGGUCAAUAAAACUGGAAUUUGGAAGCAAGUGAAUGAGAAUAACUCCAAAAAUACACCUUCAAAAAAGAAGAAGAAGAGUCCUAAUAAAACACCCAGUCGCUUCAAAAAGAAAAAAGUUUUACAAAAAAAAGAUGAAGAACUAAAACAAAAACUAGAAAAGAAACUCUCGAUAAUGCGAGAAGAAGAGGAAGACGAAGGCGUCGCGAUCAAGGUGAACGAUCUUGCACUGCACCUAUAAAUACACUAUAAGCACUUUACACUGUAAUUUAUAAAUUACCAUCACGUCACUCUUGCCCACAAGCCUCUACACAAUAAUAAUACCUGCAUGUAAGGUCGAGCAAGCAUAAUGGAAAAUGUUUAACAAGCAAUCUGAAAUAAAAUACUGGAGGAACUCAAGCAAGAAGAUGAAAAGUAAUAAAAAUUCCAAUGAAGUCAUCGUAUAGACCUGAUAAAUCUUUGAUUAAAGGUUAAAUAAAUGCAUCAGUUAAUGCCCUUUGAAUUAGUUCAAAAGAUAAUUGAUUUUAAUAAUUUAAACACCUUAUAACAUGUCUAUAAAUAAAAAGUGUUAUUUCUAUUAUUUAAUAUUGUUGUUUGUUAAUUUGGUUGGUUGGUAGGUGUGCGUGAAAUGUAAUGAGUUAUAGUUAUUUAUGUAUCAAGGGAAUUAUGAGGGUGCUAAUACCCCAGGGCAACGUUUGUGUCUCGAGGGCCUCUGGCCCGAGGGACGCCAAUUGCUCGUGGGUAUUAACACCUGAUAAUUCCCGUGGUACAUAGAUAAUUUUAUAUCCUACUGAAUUUACUGUAUUUUGUCUAUUUUUAUAAAGUUUACAAAGUUUUACCUAUUCAAGGUAAAAGCGGGAGUUAUAGAAAUCCUUAACUCCCUUGGGAGUUAUGAUAUCCUUAACUCCCUUGGGAGUUAAGACCCUGUUUAUGAUUAUCGUAACCAAGGUAUUAUAUGGUUAUAAUAGUUCGGUAGGAUAUAAAAUAAUUAAAAAUACGUUGAGAUGAAAAGUUGAAAAACAUUUUUUUUUCUGUAAUUUAUUAUAGCGUACUUUAAAAAGCAAUUGAAAAUUCCAAUAAAAUAUAGAUAAGGUAAAUAUUUUAAUAACUAUUUUUUUCUAAAUGUUAGAUACUUAAUGUCAGUGUUUGUUAUAUUAAUAAAAGUAGGUAUAUAAUCUGCUCUAAUAGCGCCUAAUAUCAAUUUAAGCUUUUAGUCUUUUAGUAUUCACAGAGGCUUUAGGAUCUCUGUAUACUGACUUCCAAAAAAUAUCACUAUAAUAUAACUUGGUAGCCUAAUUUUAUAAUUGAUGUCAAAUUUAGUAUUACACAAUUUUCUUUGAAAUGCUUCCAGCCAGAUAAAAACAAAUAAUCAGGCCUAUGUAUCCUCUCCUGUUAUUUUGACAGUUGUGUUAUAGCUCAAAAUCUAUACCUGUCUCUAUUUUAACGUAUAGAAUGAACAGUGACAGAUAACGUUGCUGUUAAAAUAACAGAAAAUGAUACAUCAUAGACCUGAAUGUUUGUACGUUUUGCAAUUCUUCAAUAUAUUUUUUAACGUUUUUUAUUGUAAUAAAGCAAUAUAAGUAGGCUCCGAUUUACUCAAUAAAGUAUUCUUAAAAA